GGCGAUGCGGAGGAGACCGCGGCGCGGGCGGCGCAGGCGUCGUGGCUGUCCAUCGAGCAGCGCUGCGACGCCGCCUACGCCAAGGGACACGCCGGCGCCCACCCGCACGCCAAGGGACACGCGCGCGCCCUCUCCGAUGCCACUGCAGUGGCAGCCAAACAUCAAGAAAGGCUGGAGAAAGAAUUAAAGGAGAGAAUAGAACUGAUUGAACGUCUUCAAAUGCAGCUCCAAAAAGUGGAGAAGGAACGACAUGUGCUCACUCAGAGGACAUCAGAACUGGAGAGCCAAGUGUUGCAACUUACAAAGCGCAUCAGUGUUGAAGAAUCUGUGAAACAUGAGAGAAUUUCAGUUCCACAAAAUGAAGAUCAGUUGGUGGCAGAGAACAAUGAAUUAAAAGCAAUACUGAAUGAUAAUAACAAAAAGAUGAGGGAGUUGGAAGAAGAGUUACUUCUUGUGAAGAGCCAAUGCUUGGAUCAAGUUAUUGACUCCCAGGUCAGUACAAGUGAAUUACGUCUGGAUGUAGAGCAAACGAGGAAGCGAAUUGGCAAUGAAGCAGGCGUUCAGCGUGCAGAAAACCUGCGGGCACAUCAGGACAUGGUGAACAGAAUGAUCCAAAUGGGUGAAAAGUCGAAAGAAUCAGAUCAAAAUCUUAAGAAGCUGCAGGGUGAAGACCAAAAAUUAGCUGCUGAAAUGGUUUCAAAAAUUGAAAAGUUAGGAGAUCAAGAACAGCAGGAUUUAAUACACGGUACUUUAAAAGCUCUUGAAUUAGAAAAUCAAGUGUUAAAUAUGAGGAAUGCUCAGUUAGAAAGAGAAGCGCUUAGAGAGUAUACUUCAAAGGUGGAUGAGAGGAGACCUCAUCCCGAUGGCAUGAAUGUACUAGAUAAUGCGGAUGAAGCAGUGAAAACAGAGAAUGUUUCAAGCAAUUUACCUCAUGUGACUGAUUCAACAGCUUUGAGCCAACAUUAUGAGAAUCAGAUCAUCCAGUUGCAAGAACUAGCUGAGGGAUUGAAGGAACAAAUUACACAAUAUGAAAAGAAAUGCAGUGAUUUGAAACGCGAGAAUUUGGAGUUGGAAGGGAUAGUUACAAAUAUUUUUGAAGACAUCCAAGAAAUACAAAAAUUGUCUGAUGCUCUCCCAGAUCAGAAUGUAUCUGUUUUAACCAACUCACCAGAAAGACAUAAUUCACGAUUUAUCUUAAUGAUGGAGAAAGUCAAAGCAAUUAGGGCAGCACUGUCAAGUUUCACAAAUACAUUAAAAUCAUACCAGGAAGAAAAGAAAUGUCUUGAAUUGGAACUGGAGGGGUCAGCGCGAGUAAUUCAAGAUUUGGAGACCCAGGUGGCAAAAGCGGAGGAAGAACGAAAUGCCCUGGAAGUGAGCAUGGAGGAACUGGACCAGCAGCAUCAGGAUGCUAUUGAUAAACUGAUUGGACUACGCAAUGCUGAACUAAUGGAGAAUACACAAUUAAAAUCCGAAAUUCUUGAGUUAAAAACUGUAGUGUCUCAGAAAACCCAGUUAAGAGAUUGUAGCAUUCAAACAGAGGAGUGGUCUGUAGAUAAUGUUAUUAGAGAAGCAAGCACUCAAACUGAUCAUGUACAUCAGUGUGACCAAGAGAAUCAGACUUCUCUUCAUUGUGACAAAGAAACUUCAGAAAAUAUGACUGAGGAGAAAAUAUUAAAUGUAGAAGCUGAUUCAUUUAAAUAUGAUUAUGAAUUAAGCGAGAAAAUAAAGAAAUUGGUUAACUUUGAUCUUCCAAAUGACUUUAAUAAUACAAUUCCACAGUCUUUGUACCUUGUAGAAGAAAUUGUGAAAAUUGUCAAUGAUUGUAAAUGGAAAAAAGAUACAUUGGAACGCAAGAUAUCUGAGUUAAUCAGGGAAAAUAAAGAAGACAAGUCUACCAUUACAAUUCUGGAAGCAGAAUGUUCCAAUUUGAAGGAGAAUGUAGAAAGACUCGCUGAGCAGUUGGUGGGUGUUGCCAAGUCCUGCAAAGAUCCUCUUCCUACCAUCAUAGAGAACUGCGAGGAAGCGGAACAGUUGGAGCAGAAGGUUGCAAUUCUGGAAGAAGAGGUUGCAGUCUUGAGAGAAACCCGUGUGAAUUUGGAGGAAGAUGCUGCACGGAUGAGGGAAGAACGAGAAGAACUUCUGGGAAGAAUACGAAAUACAGAGGCUCAGUUAAGAAAUAAAGAAAAUAUUGUCACUGAACUGCAACGUUUUGCCAAUGAAGCGAACACUUCCGCUCAUAGUAACCUAGCAGCAUCUGAAUUAGCAGAAAAAGCAAGAAUAUCUGCGGAGGAUAAAGCAAAGACACUCUCCCAGGAGCUAGAAACCUGUGUUCAGAACUAUGGAAAACAGCUCCAAGAUCUCGAAGAAUUAGCAAAUACUCUGGAAAUUAAAAAUAAAGGGCUGAUCGAAGAUAUUAAAAUUAAGGAAAUGAAAUUAGAAGAAUACAAGAAUUAUAUUUCUGAGUUGGAAUUGGAAAAGAAUGCUUUCAGUGUCCAAUUGCAAAAUAAUACUUCAAAAUUGGAAAUGGUUGAAAAGAAGUUUUAUAAUGAAAAAGAAACGCUCCACAAGGAGAUAAUGCUCUUACAAGAACAACUCACUGUCAUGGGUGCAGAGGGAGACAAAUUUACUGCGGUUUCUGAAGAUUUGGAGGUGAACUUAAAGGCCAAAUUAGAUCUCGAGCAUCAAUUAGAAAUUGCAACAAAAAGUCUCAAGAAGGCUGAAUUAUUAAUAAUAAAUCAAGAAGAGUUAAAAGCUGAUGUGAAGAAGUGGCAGAACAUGGCAACGUCUGAAGAGAUGAAAGUGAGAGAUACGCUGGCGUUGAUGGUCAAGUUGGAAGAAGAGAACAGAGUUCUCAAAGAGAAAUUAAGGGAAGAACAGUUGACAACAGAGAGUCUUAAUCUGAAAAAUGAACAAAAUAUGAAGGACAUAUUGGAACUUAGAGAACAACUUGAAGAGGAAUUGGCUAAAGUAAGAACUGGACAGUUAUUAGAAGAUCUUCAGACAAAACACCAUUCUGAAAUAACAAUUCUGAAAAAUGACAAAAAUCAGCUUGAACAGUCUUUAUCAUUAGCGCUACAACAACACAAUUUACUAAAACAAGAAGUAGAAUCUCAUAAGGCUGUCUUACUUCAAAAGGAACAGUCGGAGGCCUUUUUACACCAAACCAAUUUAGAUCUAAAGAUUCAAAUGAAUGCUUUAGAAAAGUAUAAGGAAGAAUAUUUAGAGAGUACAAAAAAAUUUGAAGAGGAAAAACAAAAAUUUUGUUCGAAAAUUACAUCUUUAGAGAACAAUUUAAGAGAGGAAGUGCAUUUAAGUGAAAAAGUUCAAUAUUUAGAAUCACAUGUGCACAUUCUUGUUCAAGAGAAAGAAAGUUUGAUGGAGGAGAAUUCUAAAUUGAAAGCUGCCUUAUCUGAUAGUUAUCGAGAUAAAUUUAAUAAAAUGGCAAAUAGAAACUCUACUCUUCAUGGCGACAUUCCACUGCUGAGUAGACAUUCCAUAGAAAAUGACAACAAGAAAACUAUGGAAAUAAAGCAAUUACAACAGGAUAAGCAAACAGUUUUAUUAAGAUUAGAUGAAAAAUUACAAGAAAUAGAUCUUCUUAAAUUGAGAUUGAAAGAUCUAUCUUCGAAAGUUGACGAAAAUUAUGAAACUAUUAGAAAGUUGGAACAGGAAAAGGAAAACAUUACGAAUGAGAAAUCUCAAUGUGAAGAUAAAUUUGCCAUGACUAAGGAAACUGUGAUGAAACUAUCAGAAAUGAUCAAGGAAAAGGACCAAGAGCUAACUGAGAUGAAGACUCAACUUUCUUCUUUAAGCGCUGCUGCCCAAAGGAAUGACGGCUACCACCAGCAGCUUGCCCAGGCUCGCGAUCUGACGGCACAACUAGUUCAAGAGCGUGACCAACUUCUCCAAACAGUUCACGUGAAACACCAGGAAAGCCUCCAAUACCAUGCUGAAAUCCAACGUCUCUCAGCUCUUCUCUCUCAGGAGAUGGGUAAGAGCCAGCAGCUGGCUGCUCAGUGCGCGAGCCUCGCUCAGCAACAGGGCGAAGAGAAGGCCAGCCAGCAGGAAGCGCAGCAGCUUCAGGACUCUCUGAGAGUGAAGGACGAGGCCCUACAAAAGCUGUGCAAGCGCCUGGAGCUGCAGGAGCAGGAGUUGCAGGCACGCGGGAAUGAACUGGAGGCUUUGCAACACCAGAUGGAAUCAAUGGCGCAGAGCAAGGCAGCUCAGGUUGUCCAAAUGGCAGCCAAAGACCUCCAGGAUGAGGAUGUUCAAGAAAAGUUAAAGGAGAUCAAUUCUAAAUGGCAGGAUGAACAAAGGAAAAACAAAAGUUUGCAAAAUGAACUGGAAAUAUGUCAAGGAAAGGAACUGGCGUUACAGAGAGAAGUUGAAAGAUUGCGUGUUCAUCUUGUGGAAAUAGAGGAUAUGUACACGCAAGAAGCUCUGAAGAGUGAGGAAAGAAACAAGGACCUUUCAAGCAAGCUACAACAGGCUGAAGAAAUGAUGAAAUCAUCAUCUACUGUUUAUAAAUCUGCCAACAUUCGUGCAAAUCAGCAAGUGGAGACACUUCAAGAACAAGCUCGGUUGAUAGCCCAACAAAGAGAUGACGUUCAGCUUAAGUUGUCAGCUGCUGAAGAUCAAGUUGGCAAACACUCUGCUGCAUUACGCAAUCUUCAAGCUGUCCUGGAGCAAUUUCAGCGUGACAGAGAACGAGAAAUUGAAGCAGCACGACAGUCAGUUUAUGUGAAAGUUGAAGUGGCUCAGAGAAGACAUGAUGAAUUGCUAAAUGAAAUAUCUUCGUUAAAGAUGCAACUGAAGGAAGCCAACGAGGGCUUGGGCGCAGCCUCACGAUUGGGGGAAGAACUCGAGAGGAAGACUGAGAUUGUCAAUAGGCUGAAACAGGAAGUUGUGCAUUUGGAAGAAAAAGUUUUGAAAGCUGAAGGAGAAGCUAAGAUGGUGGAGCAAACUGUUGAAGGCAAAGUUGACAAGUCCUUAGUGAAGAAUGUUGUGCUGGGUUUCUUUUUGGCACCAUCCAAUUCCAAAGAUCAAGUUUUGCAUGUUGUUGCAAGCGUGCUGGAUUUCAGUGAGGAUGAGACGAGUCGGGUUCAAAAGAGACUUGGCUUACAUGGUUCAGAGGGCAGUGGUGGUUGGUUUAAGAGCUUAUUACAUCCUUCUGGCCAAAACCAGAGCAAUAAUCAAUCUCUCUCGGAGGCCUUUGUUCGAUUUCUGGAGAAUGAAUCGAUCCCGCAGCCUAAGUUAAAGAUGCUACCUGAAGCUGAAAAACAAGCCGGUAGCAGCUCAAAUAGUCCAAGAGCUACUCCUGUCUCUACACAGCGAAAGUCACCUCUUCUCCUUGCAGAUGUUCAGCUGCCAACAUUUGCUCAGUUUCCUGUUGGUCGUAAUAGUAGUAGUAUAUUAAAAGAUAUUUUGAAGGAGAGUUGACCAGAGUUGUUUGAUGAAGGAUUAUUUUAAAAAGCAAAACCAAUAAUGAUAUUAUGCUAUAUCAAUAAACAUACAAUGGCUGUAGAGUAGGUUGUAAAUUUUGUUGAAACUGUAUAAAGUAUGAACUUUUAAAAGUGGCUGUACAAUUCUGUGCAUUUCAAUGUCUUUGUAACUUUAUAUGAAUGACUGAAUAUGCAUAACUAUGUAUGAUAGCUAAUGGUUGCUAAUGAAAUUAAAAAAAAAUUUGUUGCAUAGU